AUGGAACUUGGUGAACAAAGUUGUCGUCGUUUCGAGCAGGUGGUCAACGAGGCGCGCGCGCUGAUUGCUACGAAGCUCGGUGGCGCCAAACUCUUCGCCAAGCAGCUUGCGGCACUGUUGGCCAAACCGGCAUCUGACGACGAGGAGGCAGCAGAAGACAAGUUGGACUUGGAGAGGAAAGAGGAGGAUUUGAAGAGGGCGAAGGUGGACGUUAGUAUCCUGGACGACUUUCUCAAGCUCAUCGACUCUACAUGGAGUGACGUCUACCAGCGAAUCGUCGGGUGGCUCGAUUGGGCACCCAAAAUUGCUAACGAUCUCGACAUCGCGCUUAAGGAGGACAAGUUCCUGAAGAACUUCAAAGGCAACUAUAAUUUGGGUUACGUCGACGCCGCAGGCCUGGCGAACCCCUACUUCUGGGACGAGCAAGGUAACCCGUGCUUCAUCGUGGCCAAGAAUGGGCAGACGACCGAUCUUACUUUGGUCGCUUCUCCGAGUUGGAAGCUUACACAUGUGACGAGUUCGAGCACGAUUCGUGGGAUGUCACUGUCCUCAACUUUACCAGAAAGCACGGCAACUUUUCUGACCAUCGCGACUGGCGCAUGCGUCUUCGGCGCCAAAGGCAAGAUGGUCGCGAUCUUGGAUUCCGGCAUGCCCAGGGGAAUGUCCAACCACGUCACGUUUUGCACUCCUGCUCACUACGUCGUCGAUCUCGUCAGGGAACGCUACCCCCACACCGAUUUGGACCGCCUCAAGUUCACCGAAACCGCAGCCUCAAACCUCAAAGUCCCUUUCUGGGGUUUGGGCGCUUCGUCAACUCCUGGGCGCGAACGCAUCCACGCUCGAUCCAUAUCCUCAACCGAUUCUGGAAUGACUCCAAAUCAUACCGACAGUCUUGUCUUACAAUCUUCCCCCCAUUCGUCUUGCGACUCUUACAAUAAUCAUCUGUUUGGCGAUCCUGCUGUUGACUUCCCACAACCGCAAGGUUUCGUGUUUGGCUCUGAUCCUCUCUCUAUUCCUAGUUUUGGCACAAGGACUGUGUCUCCCGAUCCAAUAACGUUGUUUCCACUCGACCCCCCACUUGAAGAGCCUCUCAGCUACGAUAAACGUUUGAAGGCUGCUGAGGCCGUUGUCUCAGUUGUGAGCGAGUUAACUAACUCUGAGGCCGACUUUGGGGAGUUCGACAUGCUGAUAGGGUAUUGCUGGAAACACACCUGCGAUGUCCUAAUUGAGCAGCGGUCUCGGGUCCUGACUGCAUCAGAGGCUUCGGCAUUGGACCACAAGAUUGAUAUCAUUAUCUCACAGAUGCGCCUUCUCGAGACCGUUUUUCCACUGACAGCUUUCCAGAUCAAUGACAUCCUGCAGGCUCGGCAACAGAGUAUACUGUCCACUGCUCCAACUGUACCUGUGGCUGCGCACGUCACCACAGUGCCGACCCUUUAG